AUGGCGACGUUCUGGUCAAAGUAUACGCAAUUGUUGGCUGAGAAGCCACUUCAGGUGAAAACUAUGACUUCUUUCAUAGGUUUUACGAUCGGUGACCUGGUGGCUCAGAUCCCGGCCUUGAUGGACGGGAAACCCUGGGACGCUGCCCGCACAGCAAGAAUGGCGUCAUUCGGUCUUGUACUGCACGGACCUAUCGGACACUACUGGUACGAGUUUCUAGACCGGACUAUCAUGCCGCAGGCGAGCAAGAGUACCGCUGCUGUGGUUUCGAAAAUGGCCAUCGACCAGUUGCUCUGGGCUCCAGUUUUUACGUCGCUUUUCUUUUCUUAUAUGCAGGCGGCGGAGGGGAAACCGGAGCGGGCUCCUGAAGUCGUUCGGGAGAAAUUAUGGCCAACAUUGAAAGUGAACUGGACGGUUUGGCCGUUGGCGCACCUUAUUAACUUCCGCUUUAUCCCUUCUUCUCAGCGUAUUUUGUACAUUAACACGGUUCAGGUGGGGUAUAACGCAUUCCUGAGCACCAUGGCUGCAGCGAAGACGAGCGUGCCGGUGGAGAAAACCAGCUGA